GGGAGGAUGACGUGAUGCUGUUACUGAUCAAGUUGGAAGUGUGAUGACAACUCCACAAAGUUCCGACACUUGUGUUACUUAUACGUAACAGAAACAUUACUUGUAACGAGUAAUUAAAUGCUGAGUGAUUGAUGGGAGGAAGUCAGAACAGCUCUAAGGAAGCUACGCAUAUUUGUGCAGCAGGUUGGGCAUGGGUGUCCGAUUAGUGCAAGGUAGAUUUUUGAGGUUUGGAGCUCCCUUUCUGAUAUUGGUUGUGGGAGGAUCGUUUGGACUAAAGGAAUUUGCUAAAAUAAGGUAUGAUUUUCGAAAUCACAGAAAUGUAACAAAGGCAGAAGCGGACAAGAUGGGAAUCAAAAUGAAAGACCAUUCUGAUGUCACAUUGGAAACAGAGUUUGAAAAGGUCAAAAAGAUUGAUGUCGAUACCUGGGAGAAUGUCCGAGGGCCUCGUCCAUGGGAAGAAGGCAAUCAGCUGUAUGAAGAAGCUUUACAGCGUGAGAAGGCCAACUAGAAGUCUAAUGUUUAGAAAAUGGAAAAGUUCUGAAAUGUUUAUUUCUUUAAGUUGUACCUAAAUAAUACAUUACAUUUAAUAGUGUUAUCAUAAAAGACUACAGUUAUGAUUAAACAUAUAAUAUUUGCCUUGCACUGAAUAUAACUCACUAUGAUAAAGAAUAAGUAAUACGAAAUUUAGUCUAAGGAAAUAAGUGUAUAUAUUGAUAAAAUACAGACGCAUGACUGA